AUGGCCGAACCAAUCGAGAUCGAAGAAGAAGAAAAAGUAGAAACCUCGAAAUGCGUGCAAGAGGGCGAGACGAGCUCACUGGCUCCUGGAGGAGGUCCGAUGAUGAUGAACCGGAAGGAAAAGAGGAAGGCGUUGAAGAAGGAGAAGAGGAAGGAGAAGAGGAAGGAACUGGCGGAGAAGGCGCGGGAAGAGGAGGAGGCUCGGAUCAACGACGCCGAGGAGCAGCGGAGGAUUCAGCUUGCCGAAGAGAGAGAAAACGAGAGGAUGGAGAGAGAAAGAAGAGAGUUUGAGGAGAGAGAGAGGUUGUUUCUCGAAGCUUUAGCGAGAAAGAAAGCUGAAGAGGAAGAAGAGGAACGGAGGAGAGCUCUUGAAGAAGAAGAAUCGAAAAAAAUUCAGGUUGCGCACGAAAAUGAGGGAAAUGAAGAUGAUGAAUGGGAAUAUAUAGAAGAAGGGCCUCCUGAAAUUAUUUGGCAAGGAAACGAGAUAAUUGUCAAGAAGAAAAAAGUUCGGGUGAAAAAGAAAGAUGCAGACCUGCAGGCCAAAACAGAGGAUCCUAAUAGACCUACAUCGAAUCCUCUUCCUCCACAAUCUGAAGCCUUUUCUGAUUACAAGAAUAUGUUUUCGGCGCAACAGCUGCUGGAGAAUGUUGCUCAACAAGUUCCAAACUUUGGUACUGAACAGGAUAAGGCCCAUUGUCCUUUCCACCUCAAAACAGGGGCUUGCCGCUUCGGCUCACGUUGUAGCCGAGUUCAUUUUUACCCUGAUAAAUCAUGCACAUUGCUGAUCAAGAACAUGUACAGUGGACCUGGCCUUGCUUGGGAGCAGGAUGAGGGUCUUGAGUAUAUGGAUGAGGAGGUCGAACGCUGUUAUGAAGAGUUUUAUGAGGACGUGCAUACAGAAUUCCUGAAGUUUGGUGAAAUUGUAAAUUUCAAGGUAUGCAGAAAUGGUUCAUCCCAUUUGCGGGGGAAUGUCUAUGUUCACUAUAAAUCAUUGGAUUCAGCCGCGCUUGCUUAUCAGUCCAUAAAUGGUCGUUAUUUUGCUGGUAAACAGUAUAUGGAUGAGGAGGUCGAACGCUGUUAUGAAGAGUUUUAUGAGGACGUGCAUACAGAAUUCCUGAAGUUUGGUGAAAUUGUAAAUUUCAAGGUAUGCAGAAAUGGUUCAUCCCAUUUGCGGGGGAAUGUCUAUGUUCACUAUAAAUCAUUGGAUUCAGCCGCGCUUGCUUAUCAGUCCAUAAAUGGUCGUUAUUUUGCUGGUAAACAGGUAACAUGUGAGUUUGUCAGUGUGACGAGAUGGAAGAUUGCCAUAUGUGGGGAGUAUAUGAAAUUGAGGUUUAAGGCAUGUUCUCGUGGAACUGCAUGCAAUUUUAUCCACUGUUUCCGCAACCCUGGUGGAGAUUAUGAAUGGGCUGAUUUGGAUAAACCGCCUCCAAGAUACUGGCUCAAAAGGAUGGCUGCUUUAUUUGGUCAUUCCAAUGAAUCUGGGUAUGAGAAACAGAUGGAGCGUGAAAGUUCGGAACAGCUGUGGAACACCCGAAAGAUAUUAACAACUGACACAGAAAGUGCUUUUAGUGGUUUGAUUCUAGCCCUCUGCUCUAAACGUGUUACAGUUAAACUGCUUGUGGAUACUGCCUACUUUUCAUCUGGAGGAGAUCAGUUCAUGAUCGAAUUACAAUCAGAGCCUAUAUGCAGCUCUGAAGUUGUGCAUUGCCAUAUGUUGCUUGCAUGGUGGGGCUAUGCCGGGGGGAUGUGGGUCUGCAAAGGAAGAAAGGGAGGGGGGGGGGAGAGGGAGAGGGUUAGGUUAUGGAGGCACCACUCUAGAAGAUCUCGAUCAAGGGAGAGGGAAUGUUUGAGUGGAAGUUCAAGAGAACACUAUGAAGAGCAUGAUCUUCAUAGGAGAGUGCAUCGACAAAGGCACAACAGUGAUGCUAGAAGACAAUCAAAAGUUCUUGAUGAAAAAAUUGGUACAGAGGAAACAAGUUCUAGAAAUUACCGGCAUAAGAACAGAACUCAUGAUAUUGAUUCUGAUUUAGAUUGGGAUAAAGAUAAAAACAGAAAACAUGAUAGGAAAAGGAAAAGUUCAAGACACCAGAUAAAUGUGUCGGAAUUGCGGGAUGACCGGGACAGGAAAAGUAAAGCUAGUGCAACUGAUUCUGAUGGAGAUAUGUCAGAUAGGGAGACGGGAAAGGAUAGAUACCAUGGUCGCACUAAGAAAAGCUCAGAACGCCAAAGGAAAGUGUCUGAAAUCCUGGAUGAUUUUGAUGACAGCAAGAACACAAUUCGUGGUACUGAUUACAGUGGAGAUAGAUUGAGUGAAGACAAAGAUAGAGGCAGGCUCAGAAGGCAAAGCUCGAGAUAUUGGAACCAAGUGUCUGUAUCUCCAGAUGAUUAUUGGGACAGCCGGAGCAGAGACCAUGAUAGUGAUUCCAGCGACGGUGGGUUAGAUGCGGACAGAGAUGAACACGAUCGUCACUCAAGGGAAUGCUUAAGGAACUCAAAUGAAAUUUCAGUAUUGUCAGAUGAUCAGGGGGGAUUAAAAAAGAUUUUCAACAAUAAAGUUCACCAGAGGGAGUCUGACCUGGCAAAAUUCAAACUUCAAAAAGUCCAAGAACAUAGCCACUCCAGCCGAAGGGAUUGUUUGGGUAGAGAGACUAGUGAAGCUGACUUUCCUGACGAGCGUCUGAAAUCAGGUGAGAAUCUUGAGAAUACCAACUCCAGUCGAUACGAUCGAAGAAUUAAAUCUCAUGAUCUUGAAUCAAGGUACGGCUCCAACAAGAAGGCUGACAAAAGGGGUCAUCAGGAAUCUGAGAAAGAGUUUCCUGAUAAGCACAAAAAAUCCAAGCGGAAAUUUAAAAAGGAUGAGAGGGUUUACUAUGACAGUCCAGAUCGAUUUGAAGGCAGAAGUAAAUCAUAUGAUUCUGAAUACUACCUUGAUGAUGGAACUGGUCGCUGGGAACCUGAUUAG